CCCUUCAUCAUUAUUUUCUCCAACAAAAGAAACGAAAAAGCCCAGCUCACAGCAAAGCCGCCAUGGAUGAAGCUGAAGCAUUGAACCUGAAGAGCUUCUUGAAAUGGACUACAGAACUAGGAAUCUCAGACACUCCUUCAACUUCAUCAGAUUCAUGUUUGGGACACUCCCUUUUUGUCUCUUAUUUCCCUGAAGCUGGAGGGAGAGGUUUAGAAGCAGCUCGUGAUAUUAGAAAAGGGGAAUUGAUACUUAGUGUUCCAAAGGGAGCAUUAAUGACUAGUCAAAGUCUUAUGAUGAAUGAUGAGGUGCUGUCCAUUGCUGUGAAGAAGCACCCUACUCUCUCAUCUACUCAGAUAUUGGCUGUUGCACUUUUAAAUGAAGUGAACAAGGGGAAAAGUUCUCGGUGGUGGCCCUAUCUAAGGCAGUUCCCCCGUAGCUAUGACACACUUGCGGAUUUUGGGAAAUUCGAGAUGCAAGCGUUGCAAAUUGAUGAUGCCAUCUGGGCUGCACAAAAGGCUUCUCGGAAGGCUGAAGAGGAGUGGAACGAAGCGAAUGUGCUUAUGCAUGAACUCAAGCUCAAGCCACAACUCCUGGCUCUUAAGGCAUGGCUCUGGGCCUCUGGUUCUAUAUCCUCACGCACCAUGCAUAUACCUUGGGAUGAAGCUGGAUGUUUAUGCCCUGUGGGAGAUUUCUUCAACUACACAGCACCUGGAGAGGAGACUUCUAAUUCUGAAGAUCGGGUUGCUGGAAAGGCCUUUUCUUUGCAGGAAGACGGUCCACUUAAAUUGGAAACUGAAUUGGCCGCUGACCAUAGGCUAAUAGAUGCUGGAUAUGAGGAAGACGUUUCUUCAUACCGCUUCUAUGCUAGAAGAAUUUACCGGAAAGGAGAACAGGUUCUUCUAAGCUAUGGAACCUACACAAAUUUGGAGCUUCUUCAACACUAUGGAUUUCUUCUGACUGACAACCCAAAUGAUAAGGCGUUUAUACCUUUAGAACCAGAUAUGUAUUCUCUCUGCUCAUGGGAGAAUGAGUUACUGUAUAUUCAGUCAGAUGGGAAACCAUCCUUUGCACUGCUAUCAACAGUGCGAUUCUGGGCAGUCCCUAAAACCAGUCGCAGGUCUGUUGUACACCAGGUUUAUUCGGGAAACCUACUUUCAACAGAGAAUGAAGUUGUUGCAAUGAGAUGGCUAGCAAGGAAAUGCAGAACAAUAUUGGACAUUCUUCCAACAACUACUGAAGAAGACUGUAAGUUGCUCGCCAUCCUUGAUGAAUUUCAAGAUAUACAUCAAAUUGUGGAGAUUAAAGAGAUGCCACCAACACUUGCUAGUGAGCUUUGUGCUUUUAUUAAAAGCAAGAAUUUGGUCAGUGAAGGAAUUUGUGCUAUGUCAAGUAUAGCUAGAAGGUCCAUAGAGAGAUGGAAACUAGCUAUACUGUGGAGGUAUCACUACAAAAAGAUACUUUGCAAUUGCAUUGUACAUUGUACUGAGAUAAUUAAUGAUAUUAUAUCCCAAAGAGAUUCAAUACAAGGAAAUCUUCAUUGAGAUUGUGUGUUUGCAUUC